AUGUCGCAAAGCGGCGGAGGCGGGCCUGACUUCAGCCUCUCCGACGAGAUUCUCGCUGUGAUUCCGACCGAUCCUUAUGAUCAGCUCGACCUCGCAAGGAAGAUCACUUCCAUGGCCAUCGCUUCAAGGGUCUCUAAUCUCGAGUCUCAAGUCUCCGGUCUAAGACAGAAGCUGAUUGAGAAAGAUCGCCUUGUCGACGAACUCGAAAGCAGAGUAUCCUCCAUGGAAAGACUAUACCAGGAAUCUGACUCAAAUUUUAAGAACGUCCUCGACGAAAAUAUGAAACUAACUCAAGAGAGAGAUUCACUGGCAGUCACUGCGAAGAAACUCGGUCGUGAUUUUGCAAAGCUUGAAGCAUUCAAGAGACAAUUGAUGCAAUCAUUGAAUGAUGAGAAUCGAUCUCAAACAGAGACAACUAAUGUAAGAAUGGUUCCUCGAGACAAAGAUGAGAAUUCAAAUGGCUUAUCGGCACAUGGUUCCUACUCAAACAACCAAGGUUUAAGUGAAGCCAGGCAAAGAGUCUCUUUGACUCCGCCCGGGUUUACUCCAAGCGGAACACCAAAGAUCUUAUCCACUGGUGGGUCUCCGAGAAGCUACUCUGCUGCUUCAUCGCCAAAGCAAUACUCUGGUGCUGCAUCUCCAACAUCGUCACAUUAUGAUAUACGUAUGUGGUCUUCAACAAGCCAGCAAUCUUCAGUACCAAACUCUCCUCCUCGCUCACAUUCUACUUCAGCUCGCCAUCCGCGGAUUGAUGGGAAAGAGUUCUUUAGACAAGCCAGGAGCCAUUUGUCUUUCGAACAAUUCAGCGCAUUUCUAGCUAACAUAAAGGAACUAAACGCUAAGAAACAGAGCCGGGAGGAAACACUACGGAAAGCGGAAGAGAUAUUCGGGACAGACAACAAUGAUCUUUACAUAUCAUUUAAGGGACUCCUCACAAGCGGGCGUUGA